AUGGAUGGGCAACUAUCAUCUCUAAUUAAAUUUCGCGUAAAUGAAGAGCUAAAAAACAGUAGUAAUAUUAGUGAUAGAUUAUUAUAUAUAGUUUGGAAUAAUAUAUUUUUAAGAAAUGAAAUUCAUAAACAUAUUUUAAAGUUUAUUGAACAUAGUUUUGUAGCUCUUGAUAAAUCCCGCUAUUACCAGUUUAAAUAUAAAUCUUAUAUAACAACACUUAGGUGGCAUGGUGGUUCACUUCCAGAUAAAAAUGAAUUUCCACCAUUUUUAACAAAUUUAUAUUUGUACGGUUUUUCUGAAAUGUUACCUCAAACAGCUUUACCAAAUACAAUUACUACUCUCACAUUCUCUAGAAUGUUUAACCAAGUAGUUCUAACCGACACAUUACCAAAUAGUCUCACAACACUCACAUUCGGUGAUUGUUUUAACCAAGUAAUUCCACCCGAAACAUUACCAAAUAGUCUUAAAACACUCACACUCGGUAUUCAUUUUAACCAAUAUUUUCUACCCGGGUCAUUACCAAAUAGUCUCACAACACUCACAUUCGAUCAUUUUUUUAACCAAGUAGUUCCACCUGGCACAUUACCGAAUAGUCUCGCAACACUCACAUUCGGCCAUAGUUUUAACCAAGUAGUUACACCUGGCACAUUACCAAAUAGUCUCACAACACUCACAUUCGGUAAUGAUUUUAACCAAGUAGUCCCACCCGGAACAUUACCAAAUAGUCUCACAACACUCACAUUCUCUAAAAUGUUUAACCAAGUAGUUCUACCCGGCACAUUACCAAAUAGUCUCAUAAACCUCACAUUCGGAAAUAAAUUUAACCAAGUGGUUACACCCGGCAUAUUACCAAAUAGUCUCACAACACUCGAAUUCGAGAGUAAUUUUAACCAAGUAGUUCCACCUGGCACAUUACCAAAUAGUCUCACAACACUUACAUUCGGUCAUCGUUUUAACCAAGUUGUUCCACCUGGCACAUUACCAAAAAGUCUCACAAGACUCACAUUCGGCUAUGAUUUUAACCAAGUAGUUACACCCGACACAUUACCAAAUACUCUCACAACACUCACAUUCGGUUAUCAUUUUAACCAAGUAGUUCUACCCGACACAUUACCAAAUACUCUCACAACACUCAAAUUCGGCUAUGAUUUCAACCAAGUAAUUCUACCCAGCACAUUACCAAAUAGUCUCAUAAACCUCACACUCGGAAAUAAAUUUAACCAAGUAGUUACACCCGGCACAUUACCAAAUAGUCUCACAACACUCGAAUUCAAGAGUAAUUUUAACCAGGUAGUUCCACCCGGGACAUUACCAAAUAGUCUCACAACACUAACAUUCGGUCAUCGUUUUAACCAAGUAGUUCCACCCGGCACAUUACCAAAUAGUCUCACAACCCUUACAUUCGGCUAUGAUUUUAACCAAGUAGUUACACCCGGCACAUUACCAAAUACUCUCACAACACUCACAUUCGGUAAAGAUUUUAAACAAGUAGUUCUACCCGACACAUUACCAAAUAAUCUCACAACACUCACAUUCGGUGAUUAUUUUAACCAAGUAAUUCUACCCGACACAUUACCAAAUAGUCUCACAACACUCACAUUCGGUCAAAAAUUUAACCAAGAAUUUCUACCCGGCUCAUUACCAAAUAGUCUCACAACACUCACAUUCGGUGGUGAUUUUAACCAAGUAAUUCUACCUGACACAUUACCAAAUAGUCUCACAACACUCACAUUCGGGUAUCGUUUUAACCAAGUAGUUCCACCCGACACAUUACCAAAUGCUCUCACAACACUCACAUUCGGUGGUAGUUUUAACCAAGUAAUUCUACCCGACACAUUACCAAAUACUCUCACAACACUCACAUUCGGUAAAGAUUUUAACCAAGUAGUUACACCUGGCACAUUACCAAAUAGUCUCACAACACUCACAUUCUGUCAUUAUUUUAACCAAGUAGUUACACCUGACACAUUACCAAAUACCCUCACAACACUCACAUUCGGGUAUCGUUUUAACCAAGUAGUUACACCCGGAACUUUACCAAAUAGUCUCACAACACUCACAUUCGGUGAUUGUUUUAACCAAGUAGUUACACCCGGCACAUUACCAAAUAGUCUCACAACACUCACAUUCGGUAAAGAUUUUAACCAAGUAGUUACACCUGGCUCAUUACCAAAUACUCUCACAACAUUUAAAUCCGGAUAUAAUUUGUAG